AUGGACGUGGUGACACCGCAGCUCUCGUCCGUGCUGAAAACCUACGCGGCCACCGCGCCGCGCAGCCUGCAGGGCCCGGGCAAGGCGCGCGAGCCGUGCCGCUCGCCGCCGCCGCCGCCGUCCGCGCCCGCCGCGCCGCCGCUGCUGCUGGCCGCCGACCCCGUGCUGGGCGAGCGCGGCGAGACGCUGCUCGAGGGCGAGCCCAUCUCGUGCUUCAGCGUCGGCGGCGAGCGACGCCUGUGCCUGCCGCAGAUCCUCACCUCGGUGCUCACGGACUUCAGCCUGGAGCACCGCACGUGCCACUGGGGCUUCGACUCGGCGCGCUGGCGCCGCUUCAUGCUCGUGCCCGACGAUGAGCCCGACCGGGACAAGUGCCUCGCGAUCCUCGACGACUUGGCGACGGGCGACGAGCCCAAGCCGCCUGCGCCUGCGACCCCUGCGCCCGCGCCGGCGCUCGCGCUCGUCCACAGCAAGCAUCUGCCUCCGAUGAAAAGGAAACAGGUGGUAGAGACAGUGGUAUGCAAGCCAGAGCCGGCUGAGUCACCUCCAAAGAAAGCGCGAAGUGAAGACUACAGCUACGCGGUUUACCUAGAUCCUUACGCGCACCUCCACUACAGAACGUUAUCCGCCUUCAGACCAUGGGGCAAAAGUGAACCUGUGCUACAACAUCCUGAAAGAGUUGUCAGAGUAGCAGAUUGCACGAGGUUCGAAAGAGACUUCCAGCCGAAUGUAGCUUUAAAGCCAUUGACACCACCGGUGGAUGACGUGACGUCAUCGACCUCCCCGCCUCCGCAUACUGACCCUGAGUUGGCAGCGAGGUUGCUAGACGCGGAAGCGAGGUUAGCCGAGCGAGCGAGGAGAUUAGACGAAAAGGAGGCCGCGUUAGCGCAGAGGGAAGCAAGGAUUGAAGAACGCGAGGCAGAGUUAGAAAGACGGGAACGGCGUUUCGAUGGUCCAAAAGACCGGGACAGGCUGAAAGCUUCGCCGCAUGCGUCGCCGAAACAGGAGCCGGCUGAACCGCCAUGUUGACCUACGCGAGUGAUCACUCGGCUACGCUAGUGACUUGCGAUGAACGCUUAGUGACAUUGCGUCUCCAAAGUACAAAACUUUGAGGUGCCCAACGAUACCCUUCGUACGUUACGCACCGUGUAAAUAUCGAGUUUUAAUUUUUUCAGCCUUUGGAAUGUUGUUGAUAAAAAUCCAUGGGAAUUCUUCUACUAGAUAUUUAUACUCUUGUACUGUUGUGAACAUUUCACAUGAUGCAAUUUCAUAUUGCAACAUGUAAAUUGUUCAAUAAUUGUCGAUUUUACAACAAAAUAUAAAACAUACAGUAGCCUGAUACAAACAAACAGAUGUACAUAAUCAUAUCAAGUACAGUUUUAUGAAAUUAGUUGUUUUAUACAGUUUUUCUUGUAGUCUCUUUGAUGUGUGCCAUUCUGAAGGUACUUCUGUUGCCUUGUCAUAUAACCUCAAUCUGUGCUUUUUCAAUAAUUAACAGAAUACUCACAUUUUAAUAUAGUGAAAUAGUUUUAAAAACCUACAACCAUAAGCAUAAUUUAUACAGGGUUAUCUUUAAGUUUUUUUUUUGCAAUAGAUAUGUACACUUAGCCAUAUCAAUGUUUUAGGAUUAAUCACUUCCUCUCACCUCUACUGUCGUUUUUUUAUUUGGUCUAUGGAAUUUACAACUGUUAUAAAACGUGAGAUGAUCAUAACAUGUUAUCAGAACAAUUCUUAUGAAAGUACACAAUUAGCAUUCGGGAGUUGACAAUAUUAUGAAUUAUUUUUUCGUCUUAUUUUUCUUAAUAACUCUGUAUAAACCUCAGCUGUACCAAAUAAUAAUAACUUUGUGGUUAUUCACAAUUUUUAAUCCACUAUACAAAUACCAGAACGUCAUACCUCUUUCUUACAACAG